AUGUCGUCUUCCGACUUCGAAACCGAGCGGUCCCCUCUGCUCGCGGCGUCGACAAGCAGUAGGGAUACCAAAACACUGGCCGAUUUAACCGAUGGAGCACUCGAAUCUACGCCUCUGCUUUCGACGUCCAACACAACACCACGCUAUGACGGACGCGAUGAUCCAGACAGAGCUUCUUUGGUCUCGGCUGGGGCUUCUCAUUCUGGAGAUGGAGUACCAUCAGCGCGGUCGACCACGAAGUCGACGCGAUGGCCCUCCAUUGUCGCCGCGCUAUUGUUGAUGGGGCUCGCAACCUCCAUCGCUAUUGGCGCUUUUUUUGUUCCAGCUGCGGUUGAGAAAUAUGCCAAGGAGGCUAUCGUCAUCGAGCCGACAAACUUGGCGCUCGAGUCUAUCACUACCGACGGCGUCCGUGCGCGAAUCCAAGCAAACUUCCGUCUUGAUGCUCAGCGUGUCAAGAAUGUCUAUAUUAGACGAGUCGGCCAGUUCACCACGUGGCUGGCUAAAGAGCUGGCAACAGAGGAGACGAAGGUCAAGGUCUACUGGAUUGAUCACGACAACAUGUUGCUCGGAACUGCUGGCCUCCCUCCCUUGACGAUUGCCAUCGCGAAUGGCCACAAUACUGAGCUUGAUAUCAUUGCCGAUUUGGCUCCUGGUGAUGCUGAUACCAUUCGGACCAUUGCAAAUCAGUUCUUGGGCGGGAAAAUGGAUACAAUUCGUGUACGGGGAAUAACGGAGAUCACGGUCAAGACAAGAUUCAACAUUCCCUUGGGAACGCACGCUGUUUCGGAAACAAUGGAGUUUGAAGGCAAGGAAUUGCCCCCGCUCCCCUCCUACAACAUUACCGGUCUUAAUUUUGAAGAGAGGCCCUUACCCGGCGAUGAUAGGCAGGGAAUGGCAGCCGACGUUACCAUCACCACCUUCAACCCUUAUCCAGUUGCUUUUGACGUACCCGCGCUCAAGUUCGAGGUCUCGGUUCCGGGAUGCAAGAAGCAUGGCCCGGCCAUUUCUAUCGCUACCGCCCUAACCGAUGUCAUUGCUCUUAGGCCGGAAGCCGAUGUCGAAGUCACCGCCCAUUCCAUCGUCGAAGAAUUGCCAGAGCCUCUUACCCGUCCCUGCCCUGGUGGAACCUUGUCGCCGUUGGACAAGCUCUUUGAAGCCUACGUUGCAGGUGAGCCUGUAUCGGUUCUCGUACGAGGUCAGAAAGAUCAAGGUGGAGAGGUCCCUGGUUGGAUUGGGGACAUCAUCUCCAGUGUUACGGUCCCUGUACCUCUUCCGCAACAAUCCUUUGACGACUUGAUUCGUAACUUCUCUUUGACGGACGUAUCAUUCUCCUUGCCAGACCCGUUGGCAGAUCCCGACGACCCCAAUUCGAACCCCAAAGUGUCGGGCACUAUCGUCGCUUUGGCAGCCCUCCCAUCGGAACUGAAUAUUGGGUUGAACGUCUCCAGUGUCAAGGCCAAAGCGGAUGUGUUUUAUGACUCCAGGAAGCUAGGCGAACUGAAAAUUGACGAGAAGGCCAGCUCCAUUCAAAUCGACGGCGGUCCCGGUGAAGAAAACUUGAUUGAGAUCACAUCACGCGUUCAUGAUACGCCGCUCAAGGUUACCGACGAUGACGUGUUGACCGAUGUUAUUCAGGCCCUCCUUUUUGGUGACACCGAUGUCAUUCUCGACAUCAGCGCUCUUGUCGACGUUGGCGUACAUACAAUUCUUGGACAAUUUGUGGUGAAGGGUGUCCCCGCGGAGGGCAGAAUUCCGCUCAAACGUCCGUCUCUUCUCCAAUGA